AUGUAUUGUAAUUUUAAAACGGAUAACGGAAAUUGGACGGUAUUUCAGAAAAGAAUAAACGGUACGACAGACUUUUUCAGAGGAUGGGAGGAAUAUGAAAAUGGAUUCGGUAAUUUGGAGGCAGAAUUUUGGCUUGGUAAUCGGAAAAUAAGUGAUAUAACGUCGACAGGAAAACAUGAAUUACGUAUAGAUCUUACCGAUUUCGAUGGAAGCACAGGAUUUGCCAAAUAUUCAACAUUUUCUGUCGGAAAUGCGUCCACCAAUUACAAACUGACAGUUCGUGGAUAUAAUGGGAAUAUCGGAAAUGGUUUAUGGUAUAAUGAUGGAAUGAGUUUUACUACAAAAGACAGGGAUAACGAUCUAGAUUCCACAGAUAACUGUUCAAAUACUCGAAAUGGAGCCUGGUGGUAUAAUCGUUGUACCAAUGUCAAUCUAAACGGACAAUAUCUACAACGUUGGAAGUAUGACAUCAAUGGUAUUACUUGGUACGAAUGGAAGACAUCAUUCCAUUCAAUGAAAUCAUCUGUAAUGAUGUUUAGAAAAGUUUAUUUGACAUAACAACAUCAAAAUGUUUUAUUACGGCAGUUUGUGUAUUUGAAUUGUUUGAUCAAUUUUCAUUAUAUAUUUCAUCCGUUUUGUGCAUUUUCCAUGUAAGAUGUAGUCUUUCUUAUUAACAUAACAGAGACAGUUGUGUCAAUUUGAUUGUCCUGGAUAUGCCUGAAAUGUAUAUCUUUCAUUGGUCAACAAUAAAUCGAUCAUGAGUGGACCUUACAUAUAAAUAUAUAUCCAAAAUACCCUCUGUUAGACUACAUGGAUUGCCUGAAAUAAUCAUAAUAUUAGAUAAAACUAUUAAAUGAGCUGUCAAAACAUAUAGAACAUUUUACUAAUUUAACGUCAAUACACAUUGAAAUGCAUUUAAACUGAUACACACUCUCUUUCACCUUGCAAUAGUAUUAAAACAUUUGACUUUUCUACACUUUACACAAGUAUUCCCCAUCCAAACUAAAUGACAAAUUGAAAGAGUUGGUAUUGUUUUGUUUCAUAAAAAUGAAUGUCCAAAAUAGAUUAAAGUAUCCUGUCUUAGGGAGGGAUAAAUCCUACUUUGCAAAGGAUCACUUUGAUUCAAACAAAAAAUUCUCUGAAACUCACAUUAUCAAGAUGCUUGAUUUCUUGAUUGACAACAUAUUUGUUACGUUAGGAGGACAUGUUUUAACAUGACUGUCGGCAUCUCA